CUUGCUCCAGAGGCCGCGCGCCUCGGCGCUCGCGCAAGCUCGCGGUGGCUCAGAGGCGCGCACCGGCGGAGAUCGCGGCUCCGGGUACCUCAGGGACCAGUGGCCGCGAGUGGCCGGCGCUGCGGCCCCGGGAAGCCCGGCGCCCAGCUUUGAGUUCAUCAUGCUGAGAACUGUUGACAGUUUGAUGGCUCCAAGGAUGCAUUGCAAAUAUUUCAAUCAGAGGAAGAAAUAGUUCUCCUAAGAUGGAAUCUGUGAUUUGGGAAUGUGGUUGAUCAACUUGAUAUGUUGGCCAAAUGUGCCCUCUGUAAUAAAAUGAAGAGACAAGAUGAUGUCAUUUUUCCAUAUUGUGAAACCAAAAACAAAUGCCUUUUGUGAGACCAAGCUAACAAACCUCUGAUGGUGCAGAGUAUUUAACUAUUUGAAGAACUUAACAGUGAAUUACAGAAGUACUUCCAAGCCAAGUCCUGCAGUUUUAUGUUGGCCUAACAUACAUAUUGAGUAGGCCUGGUCAUCCAGAUCUCAGAAGAAUGGCUAUAAGUUGGAUCGUCUUCUAUCUUUGGCUCUUGACUAUGUUUGUGGGGCAUAUAGGUGGGCACAGUUUAUUUUCUUGUGAACCUAUUACCUUGAGGAUGUGCCAAGAUUUGCCUUAUAAUACUACCUUCAUGCCUAAUCUUCUGAAUCAUUAUGACCAACAGACAGCAGCUUUAGCAAUGGAGCCCUUCCACCCUAUGGUGAAUCUAGAUUGUUCUCGAGAUUUCCGGCCAUUUCUUUGUGCACUCUAUGCUCCUGUUUGCAUGGAAUAUGGACGCGUCACACUUCCUUGUCGUAGGCUGUGCCAGCGGGCCUACAGUGAGUGCUCCAAGCUGAUGGAGAUGUUUGGUGUCCCUUGGCCUGAAGAUAUGGAAUGCAGUAGGUUUCCAGAUUGUGAUGAGCCAUAUCCUCGACUUGUGGAUCUGAAUUUAGUUGGAGAUCCAACUGAAGGAGCCCCAGUGGCAGUACAGAGGGACUAUGGUUUUUGGUGUCCCCGAGAGUUAAAAAUUGAUCCUGAUCUUGGUUAUUCUUUUUUGCACGUGCGUGAUUGUUCACCUCCUUGUCCCAACAUGUACUUUAGGAGAGAAGAACUAUCAUUUGCUCGCUAUUUCAUAGGAUUGAUUUCAAUCAUUUGCCUCUCUGCCACAUUGUUUACUUUUUUAACUUUUUUGAUUGAUGUCACAAGAUUCCGUUACCCUGAAAGGCCUAUUAUAUUUUAUGCAGUCUGCUACAUGAUGGUAUCAUUGAUUUUCUUCAUUGGGUUUUUGCUUGAGGACCGAGUAGCCUGCAAUGCCUCCAGCCCUGCACAGUAUAAAGCUUCCACCGUUACACAAGGAUCUCAUAAUAAAGCCUGCACCAUGCUUUUUAUGGUACUCUAUUUUUUCACAAUGGCUGGCAGUGUAUGGUGGGUAAUUCUUACCAUCACCUGGUUUUUAGCAGCUGUGCCAAAGUGGGGUAGUGAAGCUAUUGAGAAGAAAGCACUGCUGUUUCACGCCAGUGCAUGGGGCAUUCCCGGAACUCUGACUAUCAUCCUUUUAGCGAUGAAUAAAAUUGAAGGUGACAAUAUUAGUGGCGUGUGUUUUGUUGGCCUCUACGAUGUUGAUGCAUUGAGAUAUUUUGUUCUUGCCCCUCUCUGCCUAUAUGUGGUAGUUGGGGUUUCUCUCCUCUUAGCCGGCAUUAUAUCCCUAAACAGAGUUCGAAUUGAGAUUCCAUUAGAAAAGGAAAAUCAAGAUAAAUUAGUGAAGUUUAUGAUCCGGAUUGGUGUUUUCAGCAUUCUGUAUCUCGUACCACUCUUGGUUGUAAUUGGAUGCUACUUUUAUGAGCAAGCUUACCGUGGCAUCUGGGAAACAACAUGGAUACAGGAGCGCUGCAGAGAAUAUCACAUUCCAUGUCCGUACCAGGUUACUCAAAUGAGUCGUCCAGACCUAAUUCUCUUUCUGAUGAAGUACUUGAUGGCUCUCAUAGUCGGUAUUCCUUCAAUUUUUUGGGUUGGAAGCAAAAAGACUUGCUUUGAGUGGGCCAGUUUUUUUCAUGGUCGCAGGAAAAAAGAGAUAGUGAAUGAGAGCCGACAGGUACUCCAGGAGCCUGAUUUUGCUCAGUCACUCCUGAGGGACCCAAAUACUCCUAUAAUAAGAAAGUCCAGGGGAACGUCCACCCAGGGAACAUCUACACAUGCGUCUUCAACUCAGCUGGCUAUGGUGGAUGAUCAGAGGAGCAAAGCAGGGAGUGUCCACAGCAAAGUGAGCAGCUAUCAUGGCAGCCUCCACCGGUCACGUGAUGGCAGGUAUACUCCCUGCAGUUAUCGAGGGAUGGAGGAGAGACUACCUCACGGCAGCACAUCACGCCUGACGGACCACUCCCGGCACAGCAGUUCCCACCGGCUGAAUGAACAGUCGCGGCACAGCAGCAUCCGGGACCUCAGCAACAACCCUAUGACGCACAUCACACACGGCACCAGCAUGAAUCGGGUUAUUGAAGAGGAUGGAACCAGUGCUUAAUGUGUCUUGUCUAAGAAAAAGUUGUACUACGUAAAAAGCAAAUUUUGUUCUUUGCCUUUGCAUGACUGAUGGCUGUAACUAACUGUUAUCCCGCUUUCAGUCAGGUGCAGCGUGUGUCCUUUGGGAAGGUAAAUUUUUGCUUUUUGUAUUGAAUCAGACUUGGAACAUCAAGACAUCCAAAACACUAAGAAUUAUAUCGUCACAGAAAUAAUCCUUUCUAGGUUGUGAAGAGAUAAUUAUUUGUCUGGUAAACAUUUUUAUAAACCCACUUAUUUUAUAUUUAGAAAAAUCCUAAAUGUGUGGUGAUUACUUUGUAGUGAACUUUCAUAUACUAUGAACUAGUUGUGAGAAGACAUUCUGGUAGCUCUGUUAAUAACACAAAGUUUCAGAAUUAAAGAAAUUUUCUAUGCAAGGUUUAUUUCUCAGAUGAAUAGCAGGACUUUGUAGUUUUAUUUCCACUAAGAGAAAAAAGGAACUGUUUUUAAACUAUAGGAGAAUUUGAUAAGUCAGCAAGGAUAUUUUCACUAAUAGAAUUUAAAUCAGCAGAAGAAUCUUAUUAGUCUGGAGGUUCUGUCAAAAUAAACUUCAUUUGGAGAUACUCAAGAUUUGGUUUAGCAAUGGAAUAAAAGAUGGGCAUUUCCCCCCUAUAAUUGUGGUAUUUUUACUUUUGUAAAUAUUACUUUUACUGGCUAUUUUUAUAACUCAUCCGUAUGCAUGAUGGGAAAAUUUUAGUUUGUAGUCAUCUUUUCCCAAGUUAUACUAUUGAUUCAUAGAAAACUUCAUGUUCAGCUAAGCAUCACACAUUAUAAGGCUUUUUGUGGUAACCACAAGCACACAGUGGUAAAAUAUUCUCUGUGUUCAUUGUUGUACUUUUCUAUAGUGACGUCAGUGACCUUGCCAAAGCCAUUAGACCUUGGUUCCCACGCCCUCCUAUAGUAAGCUGAUUUUCUACACUUGCCAGUUGGCUGCAACUCUUGCCCCCCAUCCCUGUUUUUAGUUUCUGGACUGUCCUUGUUUAAAGCUGAAAUAUAUAUCAUCUAAGCCUAAAGUGGUGACUAAUUUGGGUAUUUGAAAACCACUGUAGCUAAAUGGAGCAUGUUUAGUCUUGUUAUGAAUAUCUAUUAAUCUUAAAACUAUCGAGUCAAAAAGUCUGACAUUUUAUCUUGUAAUGUUUAAAUAACUUACAAUGUGGUGGUAAAUUUUAUGAGGCAUGAAACUGAUCAGAAAGAAAGAAAAAUUCUGGAAAACACUGGAUGUAUUAUGUAGAAAAUGCAAGUGUUCCUGACUGCAGGUAAGAAUCGCUUAGGAAAAGGUGCUGGAGUCAAUUUAAAAGAGAAAAAGAACAACUUUCCUGAUAAUUCUAUUUUGCAACCAGGCUUGAAACCUGUUGUUUUAAAUCACUUGUCCUGCCUGGUGAUGACCCAGUGGAAUCCCAUUAUACUACGUGAAAUUGAGCUGGAUUCAAUGAUAUGCUUGUACAUCAUUACCUAAUACACAGUUGUUUUCUAUGUUAUUGUCCAUUACAAAAUGCAGAAUUCUCAGCUCUACUCCUAGGGAUUCUUAUUCAAUAAGCCAAAGGUGGUAGGACUUUAAAGUCUAUAUUUAUAAAAAACAAACAAACAAAAAAAAAAACCCAGGUGAUUCUUCUGCAGGUAAUCCAGGAAUCACAUUAAGAAAAAAUAUUCUAGACUCGAAGGAGGCCUGGCUCUGCCAUAUGCUAGUUUUUGACUUUUAAUAAGUCAGCCUUUCUGAGCCUGGGUCCCCUUGUUCGAAAAUGAAGAUGGAAGAUAAAUUUUUUACUCUACCUACCUCACGAAGUUGUCAAAUUAAUAAGGUCAAAUGAAAACAAUCAUAUGAAAGCUCAUUUGAAAACUAUAAAAGAUUAUGAAAUAUAAAGGAUUCAGAUUAUUGAUAAUCUAAGAGGUUUAUUUGAGGACCAUUGUAUAUUUCUUGACAUAUGUUUAAUUCAUUUGUAUAUUUCUCUCUCACCCUUUUAAGAAAAAAGCUACGAAGGAAUUAGGUGUCAAGGGAAAAAAGUUCUUUUCAGGCAGAAAAAUCAGUUUUCUAAUAGCCAUAAUUUAUUUGUGUAUCAUGUUGUUUCCUUCAAACUAUAUAAAUCUUAACAUUAAUUCCUCAUAAACUAUAUCUGCACAUUGGACUCAAAAUGUUAUUGUUUUUAUUUGGUCUUUGUCUUUUUCCUUGGAAUUGGAGUUAGCACUCAAAUAGACAAGGUCUGAAUUUCCUCAUAACUAACAGUUAGUAAAUCCUUUCCCUGAAGGCCCAAAUUAGAACUCAUUGAUAAAUAAGUCAAUAAUUCAUGAAGCUUUCUGUCAGAUAAUCUUUCCUGAAACAGCAUGAGAGAACCAAAACAAACCUCCAUAAACAAGAAGUUAAAAUAGAAGUUACCAGUUUGAGCUCAAAGAUGUUGUCAUCUAUUACCAUCUGCAUUAUAUUAUCAACUGCCAAAAUGUUAAUUGGUGUUCUUGUAUAAGUGGGCCAAGUAUAAACAGUUAAAUGAAUAUUGCUAUGAAAAUCUUAACUUUAUGCA